AUGGGAGCUAACGGUAAAGGCAAUAAUAAAUGUUUCUUCGCUAAGAAGUUCUUCGGCAAGAAGGCUACUGCUGUUGAUAACAACGGUUCUACUACUGAUGAUGUUGAUGACCCUAACAAUGUUCGAGUUGAGGACAACAAGUCGGUUUCUUAUUUCACUCUGUUCGCUCUGGCCGAUAAACACGACAAGAUCAUCCUUGCCAUAGGUGUCACGGCCGCCUUGAUAAACGGUGCUCUGAUGCCACUGUUCUCGCUCUUGUUUGGCAACUUUGCUGAUGCUGCUGCUGGUGGCAUUGCCGGUUUCAUGCAUAGGAUAUCCAAGGUUGCUUGGGAAAUGUGCGUAUUGGGCGCGAUUUCUUUCGUGGCUGCCUCCAUUUUCAACGCUUGUUUUUCAUAUUUUUCUGAAAAUCAAGUGACGAGGUUGAGAGUUAAGUACUUACAAGCUGUAGUUGGCCAAGACAUUGCUUGGUUUGAUGUUAGGACCCCUGCGGCGCUACCCGCUCGCAUGUCUGAGGACGUCCUCAAGGUCCGUGAUGCGAUUGGUCAAAAAGCCUCUAUGAUGUGUAUGAAUGUUUCUAUGUGUAUUGUUGGUUACAUUAUUGCUUUUUAUAGAGGUUGGCAAAUAACACUUGUUAUGAUCGCUACCUGUCCUCUCAUUAUGGUGUGUGGCCUCUUCAUGGCAAAGGCGAUGUCGACUCUCGCUUCAAAGGGCCAGAAUGAAUACGCUGAGGCUGGCGCUGUUGCUGAGGAAGUGUUAUCGUCCAUCAAGACGGUCGCCUCUUUUGGUGGCGAGCAAAGGUCUAUUGACCGGUACAAUGCUAAGGUUCAGAAAGCGUUGAAAUCUGGUGUAAAGGUGUCAGUUUACAGAGGCUUCGCAAUAGGGUUUACUAUGCUGGUGGUUUUCUGGACGUAUGCUCUUACGUUCUGGUAUGGUGGUACCUUGAUCCGAGACCGUACCAUAAAUCCCUCAACUGGUAGACCUUAUCAGGGUGGGGAUGUAUUGACGGUCUUUAUGUCUGCUAUGAUGGCCACUUUCUCUAUCGCUCAGAUCGCCCCUCAUUUCCAAGCGUUUUCUGAGGGCUGUGCUGCUGGUGGGAAAAUAUUCCCGCUGAUGGCCGAGAAUGCAGAGAUUGAGCCUAAGGUGAAAAGACUAUCCGAGGGAGGGGAAGCGGAGGCUAAUAUGAUUCCGGUUGAGUUUCAAUCUUUACAGUUGGAUGACGUGAAGUUCAACUACCCAGCUAGGCCAACACUGCAG